AUGUCAAGUGAUUAUGAAUAGUAUUAUAUUGAUUCUAUCUGAUAGAGAUUUCUAUAAUAUUACUUAGGCAACUCUUACUCCAAGGUUGCAGGAAGCUUGUCGAAGAGAAGGCAUUCAUCCUAAUGAAUUAUUUAAGAAGACAAGAGAAUAAGUUAUGCAAUUAAUCAAGCAACGUGAUACAGUAGGUGCAUAACUUACAGAAGAUAUGGUCACAGAGAUCGAGAAACAUUUAGAAGAUAAAAGAAAGAGAAGAAUUAACAUUGUUAGAUCUUAAAGAUAAAGAAUACUUUAAGAAGACAAUAAUGUUAGUAGAAAUUCAAACCAUAUCUCCAAUUUAAAUCUAUCUACUAUGAGUUUUGCUGACAAACAAUAAAAAAUGCUAGAGAAUAUAAAAAGAAGAUAGUAAAUGGAAAUUGAAAAAAUGGUUGAAUAAGAGUAACUUAAAGAGAGAAAGAGUUAAAUAGCACUUCAGAAAAUGUUAAAAUAGUAAGAGAAAGAAAAACAAUUCCAUGAUGAAUUAUAAAAGAAACGCUAUCAAAAUGAACAGUUACGAUAAAAAUAGGAAAUGGAGAGAAAAAAGAAGGAGUAAAGAGAAAAAGAAUUGUUAGAAUAAAGAACAAAAGAAAAUGAUUUAAAAGAAUAGAAACGUCGUUAAAAGGAAUAGGAAAGUAUGAUGAAACAAAAAUAGGAAGCAGAAUAAAGAGAAUUAGAAAGAAGGAAAAAAUAGGAAUAAAUGUAAAGGGAAAAUGAAUAAUUUUAAAAUGAAUAAUAAAAACAAUUAGAAUACAAAAAACAAUUACUAGAAUAAAAAGAGAGAAAAAGAAUCUAAAUGAUGGAGAGUAGAACUAUUGAAAGAAAAACUUAGGCUGAAAAAGAAAGAGCAGAAUUAGAAAAGAAAUUACAUAUGGUUAAAUAAUAUAAUGAAAAUUUACUAGAAAAGAAAAGGAAUGAUUAUAGUGUGAAAGAAUAACAUGUAGAAUAGAAGAGGAGAGAAUUUGAAGAAUAUCUUGAGAAGGUCAGAUAAGAUAAAGCCAGAUAAGCAGAAGAGAAAUAAAAGUAAAUCAAUAAAAUUAUGGUAACAUAUCUUUAUUCUAUUAUUAAAUAGUAAACUAAUUAAUAGAAAGAAGAAGAGAAAAGAUAAUAAUAUGAACAUAAAUAAUAGGAAUAUUAAAAGAAAAAAGAAGUUAUGAGUGAAUAAUAAAGAUAAUAAAUGGAAGAAAAAAUGAAAAAGUAUAGAGAUAAAGAAUAAAAAAUAUAAAUGAUUUUAUAAAAAAAUGAAAUGAUGUAAGAAUAAUAAAAAUAAGAACUUCAAAAGAAAUUAGAUAGAACUUAAUUAAAAUUAUAAGCACUUGAAUAAAAAAAGGAAGAAGAUUAAAAAUAAAAGUAUAUUAUUUAUUCUAUUUUAGAAUUACUCUUUAAAUAAUAAAAGAUAUUGAUAAAUUUGAUAAUUUAACCAGAAUGGAAUAAUUAAGUGAAUUAAGGAGAACUAAGCUUGAAAUGAAGCUUUCUAAAGAUGAUGAAAGAACUGAAAUGGUGAGAAGGGAAAGAGAGAAUUUGGCAAAAUAAGCUGAAAUUAUUAGAAAGGAAGCAGAAGAGAAAAGAUAAUAAUUUAUAUAAGAAUUUGAGAAAAAGAAAAAGUUAUAAGGAAUUACUCAGGAAGGCUAAAGAGAUAAACAAGUUUCAGUCAAUAAUAGAUCUUAAUCAUCAGGAAUUAAUAUGAGAUAAUAAUAAUGAAA